GACGAUAGAGUCCCACACCCCCCGAGCCCAGACAGUCCCACUCCGAGUCCCGUCCUCUCUGUGGUCCGAGCCCUCCUUCCUUCCGGCCAGGGCCAGGCUAUCGCGCAUGCGCAGGAAGUACCUCCUUCUUUGCGUCCAGGCCCGGCAGGAAGAUGGCUAAGCGCACCAAGAAAGUUGGGAUUGUGGGAAAAUAUGGUACCCGUUAUGGUGCUUCCCUCAGGAAAAUGGUAAAGAAAAUUGAAAUUAGCCAGCAUGCCAAGUAUACCUGCUCCUUCUGUGGCAAGACCAAAAUGAAGAGGAAAGCUGUAGGUAUCUGGCAUUGUGGAUCCUGUAUGAAGACAGUAGCUGGUGGCGCCUGGACCUAUAACACCACCUCUGCAGUGACAGUCAAAUCUGCCAUCAGAAGACUGAAGGAAUUGAAAGACCAGUAGAAGCUUCUACCUGUUACCAUGAUUCAUAUCUUCCUUCUCCAGAGUCUGAAAAUCUCUACCAUUCUUUUGUCAAUAAAAAGGGUGUAGUGGAACAGAA